GGGCCAUGGACGUCAUUGUGCUGUCGUCCCAACUUUUGGCCCAAAGUCUGGAAGUUUAAAGAGGCCUUCAGCUCAGGACUGGGAGCGAACCCAGACCAUUCAUGUCUUGGCCCACCCGAUUCUGUGCAUUCCUGGCUCAAUGUCUUUAGAAUUUCCGAAAAUGGCAUUUAUCGAUGCAUUGCCAGGGGCUUGGGUUUUUAUGGCUUCUUGCUUGAACAGAGCCAGUCCUUUUUUAGGGCGGCCCGUCUCUUGGCACUAACGGCGGAAAGUGGGAAGGUGGGAAAGGCGGCAAGAACCGUCGAUUCCGAGUAGGAGCCUCCUGCGAGCGAGUGUCGUGUCCAAAAACAUCAAAUCGACGCCAAUCACUCGUACGCCAGGAGAGAGGACUUGGAUUACCAAACAAGCAUCCUUCAUCAAGAGAGUGUAUCGUCACACACGUUUUAUAUCGUCAGCCAGCCUAUCUGACGGAAAUCUGUUUUCGGUUUUCAAACCUCGGCGUCGUCUCUGCCUUCUGCUGCGCCCAGCACCCUGGCCUGGGUAUCUCUGAAUGCCUGGAUCGAUGGCCAUGUCUACCACGAGCUCGAUGUAUGGCGGGAGAUCCUUGUUCCCUGGCGUCGCAGUCAUCACGGGGGCUGCCUCAGGUAAGUUAAAGCAAGAUUCCACUGUCCCGGGCGGUCAGGAGCAACAACGACCAUUACCUAGCAAAUACUAGCCAAGAGCCAGCACAUCGCCCGUUUCCCACACGGCAAGUGCGACAAAAUAUUGAUGGCGAUCGUCGACAGGCAUCGGGCGGCAGUGCGCCACAGCGUUUGCCAGAGAGGGCUGUUCCCGGAUCGCGCUCCUCGAUAAGGACGAGGACGGCAUGUCGGAGACGGCGCGCCUGUGCAAGCAGGCCUCGGCCCGCGCCGUCGUGACAUUCAUCAUCCCCUGCGACGUCCGCGUCGAGACCGAGAUCGCCACGUCACUGGAUGAGAUCAUUGAGGAGUGGGGUAGGAUAGACUAUGCCGUCAACUCUGCCAGCGUUUACUUCCCCGGCGCGGCGCACCGCAUCUCGCCCGAGGAGUUCGACAGAGCCAUGAGCGUCAGCUGCAGGGGCGCCAUGAUCUCGUCGCGCGAGGAGAUUGCGCGCAUGCUCCUGCAGGGCCCGCUCGAGACGCACGACGGCCGGGCGGGGAAUAGGGGUGCCAUCGUGAACAUUUGUAGCUCGGGUGGGAUCGCGUCGAGGCCUAGCUGCCGGGAAAAAGCCGCAUAUGCCGCGUCGAGGGCGGCGAUCAUAAGUCUGACACGUGCAGAUGCUGUUGAAUAUGCGAAAGACAACAUCCGCAUCAACUGCGUGUGCUCCGGUGUCAUUGACAUACCGGCCGAGAUUCCCCACGACGAUCAGUUCGUGGCUGGCACCCCGAUGAAGAAGGUAGGUACUUCCCAGGAGGUCGCGGACGCGGUACUUUUUCUGUGCAGCUCAAAGGCGACGUUUAUUCACGGAGUGGCUCUUCCGGUGGAUGGCGGCUAUACGGCCUGCUAA